AAAACAACAGUAAAACAUGUUGAUGAACUUCACUUACGAGUCGUCAGAUGCUCUGGGGUGUUUUUAUUGCAACUGUGCUCAUGGAAAAGACCUGCUGACAUGUGAUUGGCUCUUCUCUGUGUUAAUCAUUUAUAUUUAUAGCCGUGAGACCGCUAUCACAAGAAGGAACGAAAGCCAAAGGUCUCCUCAGAGUAUCGGAGGGAGCGGAGCCUUCUGUGUAUGUCGCCAGUUAUGGGGGUGAUCCCUAGAGGCUUCCUGUUGCUGUGUCUCAUCAGCCUGACCCAUGCAAAUAACAGUCCCACAAUCAGCACCACAUUAGCUAGAGUGUGCGAAGACACGCCUGACAAUGCCUUGGCGUUCAAAAUAGAAGCUACAGAUAAAGAGAAUGAUCCACUGACCUAUGCUCUUCACGGGGACAAUGCCAUGUACUUCAAGGUUGACAGAAAUACAGGAGAUGUGUAUGUGGCAAAGAGCCUUGAUCGAGAGGUUAACGAUUUAUUGCCCCUUAGAGUUAGUGUUUCAGAUGGCCCUAAUAACACACCCGGGGAUAUAAAUGUACUUUUAAUGGACGCCAAUGACAAUAAACCCAGCUUUGAGGAAACUAAUUUGAGCAUUGACGUGCGAGAGAAUACCCCAACAGGUACAUCUCUAUUUAAAGUGGUGGCCACUGAUGCUGACAUUUCAUAUGCUGGUCAAAUCAAAUUCAGCAUUGAUGAUGUCGUGCCAAGUCAUGGAUUAAACCUUUUCAGUAUUGUUCCCACCACUGGGGAUGUCAUACUGAAGGGGUCCUUGGACUACAAUGGACUGAGUUAUUACUAUCGACUGAAGAUUAAUGCAACUGAUGGAGGAGGCAAAUGUGCGAAAGAUGAGGUUGAAUAUUUGUCAAACAUUGCCUUUUACAUGAUCAACGUUGUGGAUAUGCCCAAUCUCAACCCCAUAUUUUUGAACCUUCCUUACAUCACAAACGUGGACGAGAAUUCUCCGGUGGACAAAUCUGUGUUCAGAGUGACAGCCAUAGAUCCGGACACAGCCAUCAAUGACACCAUCACCUACAGCAUUGAAGAAUCCUCUGCAGAUGGUCUCUUUAAAAUCUCGAGCACGACCGGCAUUAUUUCUGUAUUGUCGAAUAUCGACAGAGAAGAGAUCGGGGACGUCGUUACCAUGACGGUCAAGGCCACUGAGUCACUGCCAAACAUUCAAGGGGAAUUCGCCAGCACCACGGCUAAAGUACAUAUCAACAUCAACGACGUCAACGAUAACAAGCCGGAGUUUUACAAAUGCGACGGCUCAGGCGGAGCUGAAAACUGCAGUAAAGCAAAUCACUUCACAGGGGACAUACCGGAGCACUUACUGGGAAGUGUGCCUAUUAACAUGAUGGUCAAAGACCUGGAUAAGACUAAAAGCAUCAAACUAACCCUGGAGGGAGAAGACAAGGAAGUGUUUUCGGUACAGCCCCAGUUUACAAUGGCGGAUAGCGUUGUUCAACUCGUGGUCAAACAACCACAAAAACUGGAUUAUGAAGAAAAACAGCAAAUGGUUGUGCAGGUAAUUGCCAGCGAUCCAGAAGAAAACAGCUUUGUGUCCACUGCCACAGUUACGAUCAUGAUUGAAGACAUCAAUGACAACAGCCCCAGGUUCCCAGAGGAUACGUAUUUAAAUUUGAAGGUGCCUGAGCAUUCGCCCGUUGGGACUGUUGUGGAUACAAUCACUGCAGAUGACCCUGAUACAAUGGACCAAGGCAACAUCACCUACACGCUCCUCCCAGAAAGCAUACUGACUUAUUUUGAUGUCCAUCCACGUACGGGGGAAAUCUUUGUGAAAAACCAAACGCUGUUGGAUCGUGAAGUCAGAUCCUUGUACUCGGCCACUUUGCAGGCCAAAGACUCAGAUGACAAGCCCGGGACUGCGCUGCUGGAGUUUAUUUUGACGGACAUCAAUGACCAGCCUCCAGUCAUCAACAGGGAGUAUUAUCAGGAGUUUGUAAAGGAAGGCGCACAGCUUACACUUAAAGUAGAGGCAACUGAUGCAGAUGAGCGAGGCACAGUAAACAGCGAAAUCACUUAUGCAAUAUUGCCAAGCAAAUACAGCGAAAACUUUUCCAUGGAUCCUGACACUGGUGAGCUAAGAAAUCGGGUUGAAUUGGACCGUGAGGCUUUGGACGUUGAGUUGAAUGGGAAGAUCGAGCUCAAUGUUACUGCCACCGACAAGGGUAGUCCUCCCUUGUCCACCAUGGUCAGCGUGAUCAUCAAUGUAGCGGAUGUCAAUGACAAUGCGCCAGAAUUUAAAAAAUCCUCAUACAAGUUCAGUGUCAAAGAAAGUGGAAAAGGAGAAUUUGUGGGGUUGGUCCUGGCUGAAGAUUUGGACCAAACGACAGACUUCAAUCGCAUAUCCUACCGACUCAUUAGUGGGAGUUCCGGCAAGUUUAUAAUUCGCACCACCUCGGAAGACCAACGUUACACGGGAAACAUCACCGUGGACCCGGACAUUGAGCUGGACUACGAAAGUCUGCAGCACUACACGCUGCGGGUAGAAGCCGUGGAUCUGGAGCAGAAAAAGGCAGUGGUGACGGUGGAGGUGGACGUGCUGGAUGUGAACGACGAAAGGCCGGAGUUUGAGCAAUCCAUGACUUUUUCAGUCAAAGAAAACAUCACUCUCACAGAGCCUGUUGGGAAACUAAUAGCUAAGGACAGAGAUGGAAACCACUCUCUGAUCUACGAGUUGGAUUCCCUCAGAUGCAGAUGUAACGGCUCACUGUCACCUUGUGACUGGUUUGUGCUGGAGGAGACGGGGGAAGUGAUGGCCAACCCAGAACACACGCUGGAUUAUGAGCUCUGUGACCAGGCUCGGAUGGAGGCUCGCGUGAUAGACAAGUACACAGAGAAAGGGGAGAACAGCACCACAGGAGAAAUAGUGAUCUACAUUGAAGACAUCAAUGAUAAUGCACCACAAUUCAUCUUCUCAGAUUCCAUCUUUGUUGUGGUGUCAGAGACUGCAAGCAAGGGGACGUCAGUUGGAAGCGUCACUGCAAAAGAUUAUGAUAGUGGAAUCAAUGCCCAGAUUGAGUUUAAAGUAAGUGAAGUGAAAUUUGAAGACAUCAAUAAUCAAACAAGUCCGGCCAGGUUCUUAUUUGAGGCAGUCACGACACAGCAAAAGGACAACUACAUUGGGAUCAUUCAAACCACAGAAGGCCUUGAUAUGACGGUGAAAGGGAAAUAUUUAGUGACGGUAUCUGCAACCGACACCGGCGGCCUUUCCACCAACACCAUGCUGGAGAUUUUCACAGUUGAUCAAUCGUAUAAAACUGAACUUCAGUUUAGAACAACACCAGCUGAAGUGGAAAAAAACAAGCCUUCUAUCAUCAGGGCACUUACUUCUGCCACCAAAGCUGUGGUUGAAGUUCUUGCGAUCCGUGAGGACACUUCUGAAAAAUCCAGGGCGACAGUUGGUACCAUCAUGGUGGCAUAUUUUGUUUACCCCAAUGGGUCGGCUCUAAUACCAGAUGAAGUGGGGCUGUUGAUUUCCGACCCUCAACAUGCUCUAGUGCUGGAACAGUUAGGCCUCAAGUACGUUGCUGGUAGUUCAUCAGUGGAACCUCCCAAGUUUGACACUUUAAAGUACUCUCUAAUGGGAAUGGUGGCAGGUCUCGUUAUUGUUCUGGUUGUUCUUGUCACCUCGCUGGUUUGCACUCGAAGAAAUUACAGGAGGAAGCUCAAGGCAUCAAAAGCCAUGACUUCUGCCACCAUGGUGGCAUCUGACAACCUCAAAAGUGGUCCAGUGGUGCCAGGGACCAACAAGUACACCAUGGAGGGGGCAAACCCUGUGCUCAACCUCAAUAUCGACACAGCCAUGGUCCUGGACCUAGACGAAGAGAGUUCGGAUGUUGACAAAGUCAGCCUCGACUCCUUGGACUAUAGCGACGACAUGAACAUGUCCGACAAGGACACAAAACCCGCUAUGCAGAUGAUCCAGGAGGAAGAGGAGGACAACGGCCCUCCAGAGUACAUUGAGCCCCUGGGUGCUGCUCUGGCUCAGCGGAGCCAGAAGAAAGGCUCAGACAAUCCUCAAGUGGGUUUUACCAACCCUGCAUUCAGCGCCACGGACCUGUGAUAUCGUGGUAGACAUGGACCGGAGGUCUCAGACACGUUAGAUCUCCAAAUUGACAAGCAAAUUCAUCAUUGAGUGUUUUAUAUGUUAUGGCAUGUGCUCAUUAUCAAGGAUACAUUUAGGCCGAAUGAGCUUUUCUUUGAUUUUUUUAACCAUUAUUUUUUCUUAUACAUGCAAAUUAUCAAUAUUAAAUGUAUGCAUUAAUUUAAA